UAUUAAAAUGACUGCGGUUUAUUACAAGUUACAAUAUUAGUAAAAUUUCAAAAUGGCUGCUAAAAGUAAAUGAAUAAACAAAGCUUAUGAUACUUUUAAUUAAUGUCUGAUCAAGUUUUAUAAAGCUGCCUUUUCUUUAAAAAGAUUUUAUAAUUAAUUAUAAACCUUUCAAUGAUGCAGAAUGUAAAGACCAAACAUAUGUUUUUGAAAAGGGCUUUGGAGAAGAUACUUGCAGAAAAGGAGCUUAAAAAAGCAAACCAUUUGCAAUUAAAAAAAGCAUGUGAAUCAGCAUUGGAUGAAAUCGAAAAAGCUUCAAUUCAGGGUGAGAGUGAAGAUCAAAAUCGGUUAGGUAUUAUAGCUACAGAAAAGUACUUUCUUCCAUUUGAACUUGCAUGUCAAUCAAAGACUCCAAGAAUUGUAUGCAGUGCUUUGGAUUGUUUACAGAAAAUGAUAGCCUAUGGACACAUAAAAGGUAAUGUUCCUGAAAAUGGGCAACCAGGAAAAAUGCUUAUUGAUCAAAUUAUAGAAAUAAUUUGUGGAUGUUUUAAUGGAACAUCAACCGACGAAGGAAUUCAAUUACAGAUAAUCAAAGCUCUUCUGACAGCAGUUACCUCUGUAUCCUGCGAGGUUCAUGAAGGAACAUUGUUACAGUCUGUAAGAACGUGUUACAACAUUUACCUUGCUAGUAAAAAUCUAAUCAAUCAAACUACAGCUAAAGCUACUCUUACACAAAUGAUUAGUGUGAUAUUUCAACGGAUGGAGUUACAGGGGAAUACAAACCAGAUGAUUACUUCAGACUCUGAUAUCUCUAUUAAUAAGAAAACAUCAGAAAAUUUAGAUGAAACAUCUGGUGAAGAUCCAGAGGAAUAUAUUAAUGAAAAUGUAAUAUCACCAGUAACUACAUCUGAUAAACUAACACCAUCUGUCUCUACAUCUGAAAAACUAACAUCACCUACAUCAGAAGAUGAACAAAACUCUUUAGGAAUUAUUGAUAAUAGUAUUCUAAACAAUUUAAAACUUCCGCAGAUUCCUAAGAGUUUAAAAGAAUUAUGCAACGAUUCUCUAUCAAAUAAUAGUGUUGGCGAUAUGUUCAAAAAUAUGGAAAUUGAAGAAAUCUCAUCAAGAUGCUCAGAUCAAUCACCCAUUACAAAUUGCAGCGAAGCAAGUACCUCAGUGGAUAUUAAUUUACUAAAAAAAGUGGAGGACACAGUUUCACCAUCAGAAAAUUGUACGUCAGAGGUUCUAUUAAAUGAUUCAUCAGAAGUGCAGUCAGAGAUACAUUCAGGCAAACAAUUGUCUGUCUUUGCUCAUAUUCUCCAGCGUGACACUUUUCUUGUAUUUCGAUCAUUGUGUAAACUUUCAAUGAAACAGUUACCAGAAACACCACUGGAUCCUAAAUCUCAUGAGUUGCGUUCAAAAGUUUUAUCUCUUGAGUUGCUUCUUGCUUGUCUUCAAAAUGCAGGCCAUGUCUUCAAAACCAGUGACAUGUUUAUUAGUGCUAUUAAACAGUAUCUCUGUGUUGCUUUGUCAAAGAAUGGUGUUUCAUCUAUACCAAUUGUGUUCGAGCUCUCAUUGUCAUUGUUUUUGACUCUUCUUUCAGAUUUUAAAACUCAUCUGAAAAUGCAGAUUGAAGUUUUUUUUCGUGAGAUAUUCCUCAAUAUUCUAGAAACAUCCUCUAGCUCAUUUCAACAUAAAUGGAUGGUAAUGCAAGCAUUGACCAAGAUAUGUUCUGAUCCUCAAACAGUUGUUGAUGUCUAUGUAAACUAUGAUUGUGACCUACAUUCAGCAAACAUAUUUGAGCGCUUGGUGUAUGAUCUCUCUAAGAUUGCUCAAGGAAGACAUGCUAUGGAGCUUGGUGCUACUCCUAUUCAAGAAAAAAAAAUUAGAGUUAUUGGCAUUGAAUGCUUAGUUUCAAUUCUUAAAUCAAUGGUACAAUGGAGUAAAGAUUUGUACAUGAAUCCCGUCAGCCAAGUUGCUAUGUCUAAUGUAGAAAAUACACCUGAUUCAAAAUCUAAUACUACUGAUGACUCAGAUAUAAAAUCUUUUGGUGGUAGUCAGCAUUCUUUAACUUCAACACCUGUAGCUGACAUUGAUGAUCCCAAUCAUAUUACAACUCUUAAACAGAAAAAAGAAAUUAUGGAAGAAGGAAUUAAACGGUUUAAUAAGAGCUCAUUCAAAGGUAUAAAAUAUUUACAAGAGCAGCAUUUGCUUGGUGAAUCACCUGCUUCUGUUGCAAAGUUUAUCAAAGAAGAUGAUCGGCUUGAUAAGACACAAAUUGGUGAGCUACUUGGUGAUUUUUCAGAAUAUGGUAAAGAAGUUAUGUAUUGUUAUGUUGACAUGAUGAAUUUUGAAAAUAAAGAUUUUGUAUCAGCACUGCGAUUAUUUUUGGAAAAUUUUCGACUUCCUGGUGAAGCUCAAAAAAUCGAUAGACUUAUGGAAAAAUUUGCUAGUAGAUACUGUGUAUGUAAUCCUAGUGAGCAGAUUUUUGCCAGUGCUGAUGCUGCUUAUGUACUUGCUUAUUCAAUUAUAAUGCUUACUACCGAUCUUCAUAGUAACCAAGUAAAGCGUAAAAUGACUCAAGAACAAUACAUCAAUAUGAAUAGAGGUAUCAAUGAUGGUAAAGAUUUACCUCAAGAAUAUCUUGAAGGAAUAUAUAAGGAAAUCCUUGAGCGAGAGAUUAAAAUGAAGCAUCAUCAAAAAACUCCUAACCAAAGGCCAACCACGCUGUAUUUAAUAACAGAAAAACAGCGUAGAAUGCUUUACCUGCAAGAAAUGGAAAGUAUGGAAGAAAAUGUGAGAAAUAUGAUGCGGGACAUCUCUCAUAAAGAAAUGAAUACAAAGUUUAUUCAAGCUACUCAUUUACAACACGUUAAACCCAUGUUCAAGAUGGCAUGGACACCAUCGCUUGCUGCAUUUAGUAUUGGUUUACAGGACAAUGAUGACGGAAAUCUUAUUAGUUUAUGUUUGGAUGGCAUGCAUUGUGCAAUAAGAGUAGCUUGCAUUUUUCAGUUACAGCUUGAAAGAGAUGCAUAUAUUCAGGCACUUUGUCAGUUCAGUAUGCUUAUGGCGAAUGCAGUUAUUACAGAGAUGAGAGCGAAAAAUAUUGAUACAAUAAAAACACUUAUAACAGUUGCAUAUACUGAUGGAAAUUAUUUGGGUCACUCUUGGUUUGAGAUUUUACAAUGUAUUUCCCAUUUAGAACUUCUUCAACUAAUUGGAACUGGUAUAAAACCUCGAUAUGCAAGCAGUGGAAUGGUUCCAAUUGUUAAUGUUGGAGGUUUAGUUAGUAAUCAAAGUACAAGUCAAAAUAAUAGUAUUAUUGAUCCUAAGAAGUUUUCUAGCAUUCAAGAAUCAAUGGGUGAAACAUCAUCUCAAAGUGUUGUUGUUGCAGUUGAUAGAAUAUUUACUGGGUCAAUACGAUUAGAUGGGGAUGCUAUUGUUGACUUUGUUACUGGUCUAGCAGCUGUAUCGAUGGAAGAGUUAUCGAAUCCUGCUCAACCAAGAAUGUAUAGUUUACAAAAAAUAAUUGAAAUUGCCUAUUAUAACAUGGGUCGUAUUCGAUUGCAAUGGUCAAGAAUCUGGGCUGUGUUGGGUGACUAUUUUAAUAAAGUUGGUUGUAACCCAAAUGAAGAAGUUUCAUUCUUUUGUGUCGAUUCUUUAAGACAGUUGUCAAUGAAGUUUCUUGAAAAAGGAGAAUUAUCUAACUUUCAUUUUCAAAAAGACUUUUUGAGACCAUUUGAAUAUAUUAUGCAAAAAAAUAAUUCUGCAACUAUUCGUGAUAUGGUUGUUCGAUGCGUUGCACAAAUGGUUAACUCACAAGCAAAGAAUAUAAAAUCUGGAUGGAAAAAUGUUUUUUCAGUAUUUCACUUAGCUGCAUCAGAUUUAGAUGAAGGGAUUGUUGAGCUUGCCUUUCAGACAACAGCAUCCAUUUUUGAAAGCCAUUUUUCUGCUACUGUUGACUCGUUUCAAGAUGCUGUAAAGUGUUUGUCUGAGUUUUCUUGUAAUGCUGCAUUUCCUGACACAAGUAUGGAAGCAAUUCGUUUGAUUAGACACUGUUCUAAACAUGUUUAUGAAAAUCCAUAUAUGUUUAAAGAACGGUUUAGUGAUGAUACAGUAGUUUCAGAAAAUGAUAGAGUUUGGCUAAGAGGUUGGUUCCCAGUUGUAUUUGAAUUAUCAUGUAUCAUAAACAGAUGCAAGUUAGAUGUUAGAACAAGAGCAUUAACAGUUAUGUUUGAAAUCCUUAAAAAUUAUGGUCAUACAUACAAAAAAAGUUGGUGGAAAGAAGUUUUUAAAGUUGUUUUUAGGAUAUUUGAUAGUAUGAAACUGCCAGAUCAACAAAUUGAAUGGUCAGAGAAAGCAGAAUGGAUGACCACAACAUGUAACCAUGCUCUAUAUGCAAUUGUUGAUGUUUUUACACAGUAUUUUGAUGAAUUAUCAGAUGUCUUAUUAGAUAACAUGCUAGCUCAACUUGUAUGGUGUGUUCAACAAGAUAAUGAGCAACUUGCACGUUCUGGAGUCAAUUGCUUAGAAAAUUUAAUAAUUUCUAAUGGGCAAAAGUUUACUCCAGAGAUUUGGACAAAAACAUGUGAUUGUAUAUAUAAUGUGUUUGAAUCUUCAAUAGCACAUGAGUUGUUAGUUUGGAAACCAGACUCUAAUCAUUCUGAUAGUAUGCAUGUUAUCAACUCGGUUUAUUCUCCUCAAAAACCUUCUCAAAAAGCAAAUGAUUAUUUGUAUGAAAGAUACCAAGAGACACCUAAAGAUACUGAUGUUACUGAAGGUGAUGACUUAAGUCUUCAUCAGUUUCCACUGUAUCCUGCACAUUUGUCAAGAUUCGAUUCCAAAGAAAGUCUCCAUUCUAUUACAAGACAAAGUAUAUCACCUGAUAGAACCCUCUUUAACUCUCUGCUUAUUCGAUGUGUGGUUCAGCUUGAGAUUAUACAGACAAUAGACAAUGUGGUGUUUUAUCCUGCAACUAGUAAACGAGAAGAUGCAGAAAAUAUGGCAGCAGCAAAGUCAUCUGAUGCAGAAUAUGUAACAUCUCUUAUCGACGUGGGAAUGUUUCCUUUCCUGAAUUCUGAUCAGUUAUUUUUGUUUGCUCAAUGCCUUUAUAAAUCACACAUUUUUGCUCGUACAUUUAACAGUAAAUUCGAACAGCGCACACUUCUCUGGAAAUUUGGUUUCACUAAAGGACAAUCUCGUCCUAAUCUUUUGAAACAAGAGACAACAAGUUUAGCAUGCUUAAUUCGAAUUUUGUUUCGUAUGUACAGUGAAAGCUCGUUUUCCAAUGUAUGCAGUGUUGUAGAAGAAAAACUGAAAUGUUAUAUAAAGGAAGCAUUCGAAUAUUUUACUUUACUAGACUCAACCAAUCACCGAGAUGCUUGGACACCAGUUCUUGUACUGAUACUGACAAAAAUUUUGAAACUUGAAAAUGAACGCUUUGUGCGUCACGUUACAUGGUACUACGCUCACCUUUGCGACCUUUUUAACUUUGAACUAAAAAAAGAAUUGCGAUCUGUUAUUCGCAAACUCUUUUACAAAAUUGGUUUAGUGUAUGGAAUUAAUAAAAAUGGUAAAUCAACGUAGUUAAAAAUCGAGCUGCAUUUUGUACAUUUUUACAAUUUUUAGAUAGCAAUAAAGUUUUAA